AUGGAAAAGCUGAGUGUGGAAAUAUUGAAACAAAUAAAAUCAAACACUCAAAUUAGGUAUUAAUAAGAUGACAAUUGUGUUGUAAUAUCCGUACAUGGACCUUACUAAAUUGGAUCAUAAAAAGCAAACUAAUAGGCUAUCCUUGAUAUACAGAUCAAAUUUGAGUAGGAUAAAUCUUUAGAAUAUCAAUUGAAAUCCAUUUUUGAACAAGUUCUCAAUUUACAAGAAUACCCCUAGUAACAGAUAAGGGUUUCUUGCAUUAUCUAAAUUAAUACAAUCAAUAUAUUUUCAACCUUAUGCAAUGGAAUCAUGAUAGCCUUAUUGCAUCAAGGCAUAUCCAUGAGCAAAUCCAUCUAUAGUAUCACAAUAAAUAACACUCGUUUGGUAUUUCAACAAAUCACUAAUGAUUUGCUCUUUAUAGACAACAAAAAGUCAUAACCAAUUGAUUAAACCAUGGACUAGAUUAAGGAAGGAAUAAGUAAAGCUCAACUGUUUGAAUAAUGGCUUCGCAGUUAUUUAUAUGAAUAUUAUGUAAAUAAUAAUUUGUUAUGA